CAGUGGGUAAACCAACUGGGAGCCCCCAACAGUUGUCCAGCCAAAAUACCACAUGGACUUGGCCACCUCAAUGAAGAUGGGGUAAAGCCGGUUGAUUUCAGACCUGCUCUAGAGGGAGAGACAACAGGCUAUCCAGACUGGGUGAGGAGAUUAGAGAAAGAAGAAACAGGGACAUGCUGAAGUUGUUGGAGUUAGGCUGGGAAAAGAUAGCUGGCGGCCCCUGAGAACAGAGAACCCAAGUUCUCUUUGGGUCCUGUUAAGUUUGAAAUUGAUGAGGAAGCAGGAACAGGGAAUACAUACCGGUACUUUAAAUAAAAAAGUUACCUCUUUUCCGGGCCUCCUCGCUAUGCCUACCGGAAGUGACGCAAGCUGCACCGGAAGUGAUGCGAGGCGUAACAGUAGUGACGUGAAGCGUAGCGGAAGUGACUGCGGCUGCGGUGUCGUGCUGUGACGAAGGGAGAUGGCAUUGUAAACGCUAGAACGGGGUUCUGCCUACCUCGAGACCGCUGCUGUUCGGAGACCUGCAGGUGAAUGCCCCAUCACCAUGUCUGACCAGGAGGCAAAACCUUCAACUGAGGAUUUGGGGGAUAAGAUAAAGGAUGAAGAUAUUAAACUCAGGGUUAUUGGACAGGAUAGCAGUGAGAUUCACUUCAAAGUGAAAAUGACAACACCUCUCAAAAAACUUAAGGAAUCGUACUGUCAGAGACAGGGCGUUCCAGUGAAUUCCCUCAGGUUUCUCUUUGAAGGUCAGAGAAUUGCUGAUAAUCAUACUCCAGAAGAACUGGGAAUGGAAGAAGAAGAUGUGAUUGAAGUUUAUCAGGAACAAAUCGGGGGUCAUUCAACAGUUUAGACAUUCUUUUUUUUUUUUUUUUCCUUUUCCCUCAGUCCUUUUUUAUUUUUAAAAUAGUUCGUUUGUAACGUGGUAUUUAAAACGGAAUUGAAAACAGGCACUCUAUCUCUUUAAAACAGCUGGUAAUUUGAAUUCUAGUUCUCAUUAUUCAUUAUUGUUUGUUUUCAUUAUGCUGAUUUCUGGUGAUCAAGGCUCAGUCCUCUUCAUAUUGCCCUCUCCUUUUAUAAAAAUUACGUGUGCACAGAGAGGCCACCUUUUUCAGGACUGUACAUUUUCAGAUGACAAGAUCGACCAAUGCAAGUGUUCAUAAUGACUUUCCAAUUGGCCCUGAUGUUCAACCAUGUGAUUG